AUGACCGCCCUAAAUUUCUCUUUAGAAUUUUUAACAAAUGAUUUAAUUGAAAAAAUCGAUAGGAAGAGAAUUUUCCCUCCUCAUUUAAACGAUCCGGUGGAGUUAUUAGCUUUUAAUCGUGCUAAUCGACCUUCUCGUCCCCCUAAUGGAUUUCUCCUCUGUCGUAAGAACGUUAAUAGUAUCGCAAAAGAGGUAGGAAUCGCUAAUAUGCGGGUUAUUAGCAAAGUCGCUGGGAUAUUUUGGAGGAGUGCCACUCUAGAAGAAAAGGAAAUGUACGAAAAUUUAGCCAUCGAAGUCAGCACCGUCUAUACUCAAAUAAAUAACAUCGAAGUAAACAAUCAAUCCACUUUUGUGAGAAGGAUUUCGCCAAUGUAUAUGCCUUAUUAUAUCCAAGAAUCUCCACGUUUUAACUCGUAUUUUAAUGACAUUAAUGCUCAAAUGAUUACCCAAAUGGCAUACCCUCUCAACACGAACUUUUUGUCGGGAACACUUCCUAAUGAAUUUGAGUUGAAUAACGAAACAAAUCCUCUCGUAACCGAAUUUCCCUUACUCAAUGGAUCAUCCGAAUACUUCAAUACUUUUUUUGAACAAUAG